UAACACACGGUUGUGGAAAUAUUUCAUUUAUUCAUCUACGUAUGUUGCUUGAUUUGUGACCAUUUGAUCUCCGUGUUGCGAAAAAUGUUUUAAAUCUGUAUUAAUUAAAGAGUACGUGGAUUCGUUGAAUUAGCGAUGAAUUUACUGUUUUUACCAGUCAUUUUACUGGUUCCGUAUGUAGAAAGCGUUAGCAGAUGGAAUGUAUUUUCUACUAACACACUUUUACAAUGGAUAGACACUACUUCAGUGCAUGCGUCAGAUAAUAUGGAUAGAAAUGUUCACUUUGGCAUCAGCAGGACAGCAUGCACACCAAUUCAUCUGAACAUGGUAGUCAGAGACGCUGCGCACUUUCCAAGUAUACAAAAGAUGAAGGAUAUAAAAACACUUCACGAGAAAAUCGUGCAAUCAAAAGAUUCUAAAACGUUUCCCGAACUAGAAAAGUGGAAGCUUGAGUAUGACAUUAGUAUGGCGGACAAACUUUCAAGCAAAGGAAUAGAAGAAAUAACUCAGCUUGGGAGCAGGAUAGGGAAAAGUUUCAAAGACGUUCUCCAUGAUUUUGCUCAAAACCUUAGGUCAGUUAUGGUGGUUUCGUCAAGUAACCGUAAGGCAAUUAAUAGCUCAAAGUACUUCGAGCAGGGUCUUUUAAGCCAGCUAUCAAAACUAUCUAGAUUUGAAAACAAAAUAAAUGAUUCAACAGCGGCAUUCUCCAGGAAUUGUUAUAACCAUGAAAAACAGCAACAUGAAGACAUUUCAAAGCAUGUAUCGCAAUUUCAUAAUUUCUCCAAGUCACCUGCAUUUGUUAAAAUCAUCGACUCUGUAAGAAGAAAACUCGGCAUGCAGCUACACCUUUCUUAUGCUGAUGUGUAUCUGAUAAACGAAUGGUGUGCAUAUGGAACGUACAUUUCUAACGACAUGACAUGGUGUCACCUCCUUACCGAUGAGGACAGAGACGUUCUAGAAUACGGACAAGAUCUAUUGAAGUAUUACGAGUAUUCGUAUGGACACCAAAACAACAGUAAAAUGGCGUGUCCGCUUGUAAGGGACAUUUUCAAUACCUUGGACAGCGCAAUAAACAGGACGUGGAAUUACUUCAAAGAGGCAGAUGGUUAUGAAAAAAGGUAUGUGGGUGCUAAGUUUUACUUCGGCGACUCAGAUACACUAAUACCACUAUUGACGGCUCUAGGAAUGUAUAAAGAUCCAAAUCCACUGUUAGCUUCAAACAUGAAGGCAAUGCAAGACAGAAAGUUCAAGACCAGCCAGAUCUCUUCUUUCGCUAGUAGUGUUGCAUUUAUACUUUAUGCAUGCGACAAUACUAGACGAUUAGCUUUGAAUGAGUUUUAUCCUGGACAACAGGAAUUUCGGAUUCAUGCUUUUGUAAACGAGAAAAGAGUUCCUUUCUGUAGUCAUCAGUACUAUUGUUUAUAUGAUGAUGUGAGAGAAACAUUCACAGAUGCCAUUGAAAACUGUAACAUCACUGAAGUGUGUGGAGUUAAACCGGAUCGCGCCGAGAUGAUUGAACCAGGAGACGGAGCUUCAAGUCCCAGUUUGCAUAUGGCAUUUACAUUUUUGUCCUUAUUUGUAAUUUCGUUAUCAAUUUUUAUGUUUUAGGUGAUGGGUAAGGAUAUUAAGAGAGAAAUAACUUUUCAUUAACCGGCUUGUGAGAUUUCGUGAAGACAAUUUUACUAUGCAAUUACAAAUACACAUAUUAAAGUAAACUUUGAUAAUACCUCAAAGAAAAACCUGAAUGUUUUUUUU